AUGACCAGAAAAAUUAUGGUUGGAAUAAUCGCCUUCACAUGGAUUCUGUCAUGCUGUUGCUACGCUCUGGUAUUCCAUUACGCAACACUGGUAGAAAUAAAUGGAAAGACAUACUGUGGUAACCGUAUUGUGAGAGAUCUUUUGAAAUCACAGGAAAAUUUCCGUACUUACUUGAUCUGCGAUUUUAUUCUCGUGACUGGAAUACCGAUUGCUACGACCACAAUAUUGUACAUCGUAAUUGGGGUGAAAAUGUGCACUCGAAUAACUCCAGGGAAUCAAACUGCCGCCAAUGCUGCCCGGAAUCGUACAGUUAAUCGUAAGGUGAUAUCUAUGCUUGUUGCAGUCCUCAUUGCAUUCUGCAUUUGUUGGAUGCCAACUUGGGUUGCCUUGGCCUGUUUGAAUGUGCCACCACCGAGAAUGUGCCACAGUGAUGACUUCGCUUACAUCAGGUAUUUCCUGUGCUACUCAAACAGUGCAGUGACACCGUACAUCUACCCUGUUUUCAAUCAGAGUUUUCGAGAAGGUUACCUGCAUGCUUUGAGGCAAAUUGCUUCAUGCUGCUGUUUUCAGGGGAUUUGUCGACGCUGCGGCAAUAAUCAAGUGCUCCCGUCAGAAGAAAGAACGACAGCUACUACUGCUUCUAGAACGGACAGAACGCGCUUUAAUACCACUGAGCUGUGA